AUGUCUCUCAAUCUUUAUUAUCACAUCGUGCUUCUGUUGCUGUCUGGCUUUCUAUUUUUCGCUGUCUGGCAAAGCAGGAAGUCAUCCUCGAAACUGCCGCCGGGGCCACGAGGUCUUCCGCUUAUCGGUAACAUACACCAAGCUCCCAGACGCGAUCCCUGGAAAACGUUCAACUUAUGGGCAGAAGAAUAUGGUCCUAUCUUCAGCUUGAAGUACGGUCAGAGGAUUGUGAUCGUUCUUGGUUCUCAUAAAACCGCUUCGGAUCUCUUCUCCGCGCGGACGAAAAUCUACAGCUCACGCCCUAUUAUCAGAAUACAAGAGUACCUCACCAAGGGCAUGCAUAUGGGCGUAAUGCAGUAUACUCCGGAGUGGAUGAAGCUGCGUAAAACACACACCUUCCUUCUUAGUCCACAUUACUGCGCUCGUUACCGGCAAUUGCAGGAUCUUGAGAGUAUGCAGUUGAUUUAUGAUAUGCUCGAAACGGACUCGUUUAGCAAGCAAUUCCGUCGCUAUACGGCGAGUUUGGGUUUUGCACUGGCCUACGGCACGAGAAUACAACGGGAUGAUGCGGAAGAAAUAGAUCAGAUCGAGAGAAUCGCAAAAGUCACUGACAGAUUUUUCAGCCACGGGAUCAGUCUAGUUCUUGAGAUGUUUCCUUGUGUUCAUGACUUGUGGCCUGUUAUGCUUCCUCUGCAAAAAAUCUGCGACGCUUUUCACCAAUCUACAGUCGAGUAUUUCACAACAUGCAUGCGUGCUGCGCUGCAAAAAGGGUCCUGGAAUUGGAUAAACGCGGCCCUAGAAUUUCCCGAUACUCAAACCAUGUCAGAAAUUACUCGCGUCUACAACAUCGGCGUUCUUCAGGAAGCCGCUCUGGAAACGACACAAUCUGCGUUGAAUGCGUUUGUGCUAGCAAGUGUGCUUAAUCCAGCAGCCGUCUGUAAAGUGCAAGAAGAAUUAGACAAAGAAGUUGGAGAUUCGCGUUUACCGGGAUUUGACGAUAUGACCAGCCUACCUUAUACCCAAGCAUUUAUAAAGGAAACACUGCGCUGGUGCCCAGUGGCCCCUCUGGGGGCUCCACACUCCAAUACUGAGGUCGAUGAGUACAUGGGCUAUGAGAUCCCCAAGGGUGCGGUCAUCGUUCCCAACAUCUGGGGAAUGCAUAGAGAUCCUGAGAUUUAUCAUCGCCCUAACGACUUUCUUCCUGAGAGAUGGCUCGAACAGCCAGACCUUCCAUUGAGCGUGUUUGGAUUCGGAAAGAGAAUCUGUGUCGGACAGGAGCUCGCCAUGAAUUCGCUCUUCAUUAUCGUCUCUCGGAUGCUUUGGGCUUUUCAGAUAUCCCCUGCCUCCGUUGGCGGCAGAAAUGUCGCGAUAGAUCCGGAAAACAUGAUUCAAAGUAUAAUAUCCGGACCAUCGCCUUUUGAAGCCUCUUUCACUGUCCGAGACUCUCUCCGCGCCCAAAUCAUAAGAGUGAAAUGGAUUUCAAGCACAGCAGCCCUUGAUGUACCAAAUUUCCCACUUAUGGAUUAA